CCCCCCCCCGAGAUAAACACCAUCCAUACGUUUGGCAAAAGCCAUGGACAAGAAAGUGAGAAAUUUAUCUCUGAAAGAAAAGCUUGAUGUUGUCAAAAUGAUAACGGAGGAGAAAAAGACUGUCAAGGAAGCUGUAAUUAAGUUCAAGUGUGGCAAAUCACAAAUUUACUCAAUCAUAAAAGAAAAGGAUAAAAUCAUCCAAAAGUACAUGAGCAGUGCCAACAUAAAUGUCAAGAAAGGAAGGGAUGGAAAUUAUGCAGAAAUCAAUAAAUCUGUUUUUGAGUGGUUUCUCCAAGCCUCAGCCCAAAAUAUUCCCAUUUCAGGACCUAUCUUACAAGCAAAGGCAAAGGAAAUGGCGAAACUUUUAAAAGUUGAUGGAUUCUCAGCAUCUAAUGGGUGGCUUCAGAGCUUCAAAAAGAAUCACGGAAUCACUUGCAAUGUAAGAAAAUGCUUUAAAAAGCACUGUGGUUUCUUAUUUGGCAAUGGCGAUAGCAUACAAAGCAAAACAGUCAUCGAGCCUGAUGACAUCGUUCAGAUUCAGGAUGCAAUAAAUGACAUUUACAGUGGCGUUUCAGAAAACAAAAUCAGUGCUGCCCCUGGCAUUGACAAAGACAAAGAAAUGGCCACCGAGAUGGAUCAUAGAAACGUGCAAGAAAUGGAGGACUCCCUCUCUACACAGGACAAUGAUGAAGGUGAUGAGGACCUGCCAUUAGACGAGCCUAAGCCUUUAAGUCAGAUGCAAGUAUUCAACUAUAUAAAAGCGUUGAAGGAAUUUGGAAAAGUUAAAGGAGACCAAGAGUUUUUUGAUAAGGCUACAGACUUAGAAAUUUGUUUCAAUAAUUUCAUUAAAAAAAGAAAAGUUAAUAGUUGAUCUUUGAUGCUUUUAUUAAAAUAUAAAUUCUACUUGUAUCUUUGAAUAGUAUAUGUGCAUAUUUAUACAUAAUUUGAAUAAACAUCAUAAAAAAUCA